AUGGCAAUCCAUAACAUCAUUCAAAUUACAAUAUGGCCUUCUAAAGGCAAAUUUCUAUGUUCUGAUUCGUUGUAUCUUGCUAUAUUGAAUUCUAAAUCAGCGGGCACUACCUGGUACAGUUUACCUUUUGUGUCACCAGACAACCUGCUGGUAACUUACAUCAGUUCCAUAGGCGCUGUCCUGGAGGCAACCUAUGAGUUGAUUUUCCUCAUAGUUUCCCCGAAGAAAGAAAAGGCCAAAUUCUGCGGAUGCCUCUUUGAGGUACCAAAUGGCAUUGGAACUUUAUUAGGAGCAGUGCAGUUGAUUUUAUACGCAAUUUAUCGUGAUAACAGAGAGGAAGUCAAGAAAGAUGAAAUGAAUGAAUCAGUAGAGAUGAGGACCGGAGAACUCCAAGACAAGAAGCUAGCUAACACCAAGAGGCAUGAGAAUGGCGAUCCAUAACAUCAUUCAAUUGUACGCCAACUUUCUGAACUUUUAUACCUACUUAUAAAGUAUUAUCCUACAACACCUUCUUUCAACUGCAGAGGAACAUAUUCAACCACUUGC